UAGCAAUGGAAGCAUCUUUUGAUCACACUUUUCAACAUAACAUAAUAACCAAUUAAUUUUCCAUUAAUCAAAAUAUUUCAAACUCCUACUAUAUGCUACCUUGGUGUUAGUUACCAAAAAAUGUUGCUGCUAUGAACAAGGAAAAAAAGUUAGGAACUCACCCAAUUCUACCUAAUAAGUGUUGCCAAAAAAACUCAUAUUUAGCGGCGCUUAGGACAUGCCACCGAAAAACAAAGUAACCCAUGUGUCAUUUCCAUUAUCAUAAUUAAUUAAAGAAACUAUAUUAUUAUUAUUUAAUAAACAUAUAUAGCAAAAACCUUUGCUACAAGCCUAAAACACAAGGUUCCACCUAACAAAAAACUUGCCAGAAUUUUUCAUUCAUGAAGUUUUUGUGGUACCAAAAAAAGGUUGAGCUGAAAGAAAUAAGCUUAGAUGAUAGGUGGUGUGAGAACAUGGACCAGUCUUGAAGGAAAACAACAAUAUAUGAUAGUAGCAGCAUAUUAUAGUUAGUAUAGCAACAGCACUCCAUGAAUGAAUUACCUGGCUCAGUAGGCACAAGUGCCAGCUUCAGUCUGAGAAUAGGCCAGACCUUGUUUUCAUCUGCUUCUCUUCUCUUUAUGUCUUUGGGGGUUGAAUUCUACAGCUACACAGCUUUCUGUUAUUUGGUGACAAUCAUGGGUUUGGUUAUACCUUGGAGUUUCACAUUAGCAUUGGUAGAUGGAUACUCUGUACUGGUCAAAUGCCCCAUUCGUCAACCAGGAAUACUGUUGAUUAUUGUUGUCGGAGAUUUGGUACUAUCAACCCUCACACUAGCAGCAGCUUCCUCAACAGCUAGUGUUAUAGAUCUCCUGCUUAAUUCUGAAGGAUCUUUUUGCCCUAUAAAGCUUUGCUGCAGGUACAGGAUAUCUGCAGUUAUGGCCUUUGUGUCAUGGUUUCUGUCCUUGGCAUCCUCUCUUUUUAACCUUUAUCUGUUACCCUCUUUGUGAUUCUCAUUUAACUCCCCUGUAAAAAUAUUAGAUCGAUCAACCAUUGUUUAUUUUGUAAUAUAUUUUUCUUCCAACUUCCAAUUAUAGGAUGGUAAAAUUCAUAGUUUGUUAUUGAUGCAUAA